AUUUGGAAGUCCCGAGGCCGGUGGCAUAACGCAUUCUGGAGGGGACAGGGAAAGCCACCGCACUAGUCAACCCUUCCAGCACCCUGCCUCACCCCGGAAGCGGAAGUGUUAGACACGGAAGUGACCUGCUGUUGCCGAGGGGACGGGCCGGGCAGAUGCCAACAUGGCAGCGGUUGGGUCUAGUGGUUCCACCGCGGCGGCCGGGCCAGGGGCGGUCUCCGCGGGGGCGGGGGCGUUGGAGCCUGGGACCGUGAGUGCGGAGGUUAUUCUGAGUGUGGAAGAAGCUGCUUCUCACUCUUUGGAAAGUGAGGGUGUUCAGGGCCUGCUCCAGCCAUUUCCUGACACCUCAGCAAGGAUUCCAGCUCACCGGCGCCUCAAAUACAUAUCCCUAGCCGUGCUGGUGGUCCAGAAUGCCUCCCUCAUCCUUAGCAUCCGCUACACCCGCACGCUGCCUGGGGACCGCUUCUUUGCCACCACUGCUGUGGUCAUGGCCGAAGUGCUCAAAGGUCUCACCUGCCUGCUGCUGCUCUUCGCACAGAAGAGGGGUAACGUGAAGCACCUGGUCCUCUUCCUCCAUGAGGCUGUCCUGGUGCAGUAUGUGGACACACUCAAGCUUGCAGUGCCCUCUCUCAUCUACACCUUACAGAAUAACCUCCAGUAUGUUGCCAUCUCCAACCUGCCAGCUGCCACUUUCCAGGUGACGUACCAGCUGAAGAUCCUGACCACAGCCCUGUUCUCCGUGCUCAUGCUGAACCGAAGCCUUUCCCGGCUGCAGUGGGCCUCCCUGCUGCUCCUCUUCACAGGCGUUGCCAUUGUCCAGGCACAGCAAGCCGGUGGUGGGGGCCCACGGACGCUGGGUCAGAACCCUGGGGCAGGCCUGGCGGCUGUCGUGGCCUCCUGCCUCUCUUCCGGCUUUGCAGGUGUCUACUUUGAGAAGAUCCUCAAAGGCAGUUCAGGCUCCGUGUGGCUGCGCAACCUGCAGCUGGGCCUCUUCGGCACAGCACUGGGCCUGGUGGGGCUCUGGUGGGCUGAGGGCACCGCUGUGGCCCACCGUGGAUUCUUUUUCGGGUACACACCUGCUGUCUGGGGUGUGGUGCUCAACCAGGCCUUUGGUGGUUUACUGGUGGCUGUUGUCGUCAAGUACGCCGACAACAUCCUCAAGGGCUUUGCCACCUCCCUGUCCAUUGUGCUGUCCACUGUGGCCUCCAUCCGCCUCUUCGGCUUUCACGUGGACCCAUUGUUUGCCCUUGGUGCUGGGCUGGUCAUCGGUGCUGUCUACCUCUACAGCCUUCCCCGAGGUGCAGCCAAAGCAAUAGCUUCUGCUUCCACCUCUGCCUCCACCUCUGGGCCCUGCACUCACCAACAGCCUCCAGGGCAGCCACCGCCACCACAGCUGUCUUCCCACCGUGGAGACCUCAGCACGGAGCCCUUUCUGCCAAAGUCAGUGCUGGUGAAGUGAGGGCUGGCGGCGGUGGGGGGAGACAGGGAGGGGGACUGGGUGGAGGGUGUUGGGCAUCUGCAGGACCCAAGUUGCCGCUGGGGCCUGGCUCCUAUGGGGAUGGAAGUCUUUUCUCCCAGGGCAUUGAGACUUCUGGAAGGGCGUGGGGCUGGGCAGGCAUCACAAGAAAUCUUCCUUGUAGGUUGGCCCCACUGCCCUGGAGGGGUUUUUAGAGCCACCUCCUCUGCCCCAAUCUAACCCUGUUGAGGACCAGGUUAUGGGUAUUGUCAUUCAAAGACUUUCUGUCUGCAUCCCCUCAGCCAGAGAGGUUCUGUAUGUCAUGCCUGGGAGAGUCCCUCCCAGAAAUCCCUCCACCUUUGUAAGGACAAAUUGGACAAAAAUCCUACCACUCUUUAGUAAUGACUGAUGCCUACCUGUGGGGUUCUAUUUGCCAUAGCUCGAGGCCUUCUCCCUCACAAUCACACUGGAUCAUAUAAGCAGCUCAAGUCGUUUUGUGGCCUUCAGGCAGCUUCCCUGACACUAAGACCCUUGAACAAUGGGCCUCUAGUGAGCACCCAGGGAGAGAGCAAGGGGUGAGAGCUGACAUUUUUGCAUCAGCCCUUUCCAGAAGCAGGGACUAUUUGACUUUUAGUGGUUUGGGGAUUUAUGGUUUAAUCAGAUAGUGAUCCAGGGUGUGGGAAAAGCAGGGAGGGAGGUCCUCAAAGUGGCUGAAUCUCGUUGACUCUUAAGACGAUGUCAGUUGCCAGAUGGAGGGUUAUUUUCUGAGACAUUCUGAGAGGAAACAUAAAGCUGCCAACCACACUCUUGCUACCCCACUGGCUGAAUGAGGCACCCUUACUUCAUAAGAGGAGGUGUCUUAAAGUUCCUAAAAUAUGGAACCUGCCCCUUGCACUUCCCAAAGCUUAUUAACCCCUUAACUGUCUCCCAGGGUGUGUGCAUGUGUGUGCACACGUGUGUGUGCACAUGCACAUGGGAAAUGCCUGGGCUGUCUUUGCUAUGUGUAAAUAGGGCCAUUGGAUCUUUAUUUUUGAUCAAUUUGUUCUGAUUUUUUUGGUUUGUUUUCUAAGAAACUGUGAUGAACAAAUGUCAGGAUACCCAAUGCCAAAUAAAGAUGUUGUAUUUAUUUA